AUGCCCGAAGUCUUCUAGUCUCUGAAAAUGUAAGCAUUGGCCAAAAAUUGGACUUCUCAGAUAUGAUGGUACAACAGAAAUUGGAUGAAAUAAAGGACCAAAUCAAACGUGAAAUAAGGAAGGAGCUUAAAAUCAAGGAGGGAGCAGAGAACCUCAGAAAGGUCACAACGGAUAAAAAAAACUUGGCUUACGUGGACAACAUUUUGAAAAAAUCAAACAAGAAAUUAGAAGAAUUGCAUCAUAAAUUACAGGAAUUAAAUGCACACAUUGUUGUAACAGAUCCAGAAGAUGUUACAGAGUGUCCCAGAACACCAGAUACUCCAAACAGUGACCCUCGUUUUUCUACUAACAACAGAUUGAUGGUCUUAAAAAAGCAAUUGGAUAUAGAGCUGAAGGUAAAGCAAGGAGCAGAGAAUAUGAUACAAAUGUAUUCAAAUGGCUCUUCAAAGGAUCGAAAACUUCUUGCUACAGCUCAACAGAUGCUCCAGGACAGCAAGACGAAAAUAGAAGUCAUAAGGAUGCAGAUUCUACAGGCAGUCCAGACCAAUGAAUUGGCUUUUGAUAAUGCAAAACCUGUGAUAAGCCCUCUUGAGCUUCGAAUGGAAGAACUGCGACAUCAUUUUAGGAUAGAGUAUGCAGUAGCGGAAGGUGCAAAGAACGUGAUGAAAUUGCUUGGCUCCGGAAAAGUUACCGACAGAAAAGCCCUUUCAGAAGCUCAAGCAAGAUUUAAUGAAUCAAGCCAGAAGUUGGACCUCUUAAAGUAUUCGUUAGAACAAAGAUUGAAUGAACUUCCUAAAAACCAUCCCAAAAGCAGUAUUAUUAUAGAGGAGCUUUCAUUGGUCUCUUCGCCAACACUAAGUCCACGUCAAAGUAUAAUAUCUACACAGAACCAGUACAGUACGCUAUCCAAACCAGCAGCUUUAACAGGUACUUUAGAAGUAAGGCUCAUGGGCUGCCAAGAUAUUUUGGAAAAUGUCCCUGGCCGAUCAAAAGCCACGUCAAUUACUCUACCUGGUUGGAGUCCAAGUGAUGCCAGAUCAUCUUUCAUGAGCAGAACAAGCAAAAGUAAAAGUGGAAGUAGUCGAAACCUUCUGAAAACAGAUGACUUGUCCAAUGAAGUCUGUGCUGUAUUGAAGCUGGACAACACUGUGGUUGGUCAAACUAGCUGGAAACCUAUUUCCAAUCAGUCAUGGGAUCAGAAGUUUACACUGGAACUAGACAGGUCACGUGAAUUAGAGAUUUCAGUUUUUUGGCGUGAUUGGAGGUCUCUAUGCGCAGUGAAGUUUCUGAGGUUAGAAGAUUUCUUAGAUAACCAGCGACAUGGCAUGUGUCUCUAUCUUGAGCCACAGGGUACUCUAUUUGCAGAGGUUACAUUUUUUAAUCCAGUUAUUGAAAGAAGACCAAAACUCCAGAGACAAAAGAAAAUUUUUUCAAAACAGCAAGGCAAAACAUUUCUCAGAGCCCCUCAAAUGAAUAUUAAUAUUGCCACUUGGGGGAGGCUGGUGAGAAGAGCUAUUCCUACAGUAAAUCAUUCUGGUACCUUCAGCCCUCAAGCUUCUGUGCCUGCUACAGUGCCAGUGGUUGAUACAUGCAUUCCUGAACUAGCACGGCUAGCUAGUGACUCUCCUGUAGCCAAAUUGGACUUCGAACUUGAACCUGAACCUCCAUCUGUUCCACCCCGUGCGUCAUCUCUUGGAGAAAUAUGUGAAUCUUCAUCUGAAAUAAAGGCACCGGAUACACCCAAUCAGGAUGCAGAAACUGCUUUUGAUUUUGAAAAUGAGAGAGAGAUAACUGUUACAAAACUCCAAUCUGAAAUCAUUUGUGAGCCUGAAAUUCAACACAGAGACAUAAAGUGUACAAAUAUACGAGAGCCAGAAGACAAAAGAACACAAAGAUUUCAAUUUAGUCUGCAAGAUUUUAGGUGUUGUGCUGUACUAGGUAGAGGCCAUUUUGGAAAGGUGCUGCUGGCUGAAUACAAAAACACAAAUGAGAUGUUUGCUAUUAAAGCAUUAAAGAAAGGAGACAUUGUUGCUCGCGAUGAAGUAGACAGCCUUAUGUGUGAAAAGCGAAUUUUUGAAACUGUGAAUAGUGUACGGCAUCCCUUCUUGGUGAACCUUUUUGCUUGUUUCCAAACCAAAGAUCAUGUUUGCUUUGUAAUGGAAUAUGCUGCUGGUGGAGACCUGAUGAUGCAUAUUCAUACUGAUGUCUUUUCUGAACCAAGAGCAGUAUUUUAUGCUGCUUGUGUGGUUCUUGGACUCCAAUAUUUACAUGAGCACAAAAUAGUCUAUAGAGAUCUGAAGUUGGAUAAUUUAUUGCUGGAUACAGACGGAUUUGUGAAAAUAGCUGACUUUGGUCUUUGCAAAGAAGGAAUGGGAUUUGGAGAUAGAACAAGCACAUUCUGUGGCACUCCAGAAUUUCUUGCACCAGAAGUGUUGACAGAAACAUCUUACACAAGAGCUGUGGACUGGUGGGGUCUUGGUGUACUGAUCUAUGAGAUGCUAGUUGGGGAGUCACCUUUCCCUGGAGAUGAUGAAGAAGAGGUUUUUGACAGUAUUGUAAAUGAUGAAGUAAGAUAUCCACGGUUUCUUUCUACAGAAGCCAUCUCUAUAAUGAGGAGGCUGCUGCGAAGAAAUCCAGAGCGGCGACUUGGAGCUGGUGAGAAAGAUGCUGAGGAUGUGAAAAAGCAUCACUUCUUUCGGCUAAUAGACUGGAAUGCUUUGCUGGCUAAGAAAGUGAAGCCCCCUUUUGUUCCCACCAUUAGAGGAAGAGAAGAUGUUAGUAAUUUUGAUGAUGAAUUUACCUCAGAAGCACCAAUUCUCACUCCACCCCGGGAACCAAGGAUACUUUCAGAAGAAGAGCAGGAAACAUUCAGAGAUUUUGAUUACAUUGCUGAUUGGUGUUAAUUUCUAGACACUGUGAAAUCAUAGCUAACUGGCUCAAGAGAACACCUCUCAGAAGAAUUCUGGCCCUCCAUUUGCUCUGUGCCACCUGUAGCUUCUGAUUUUUAAUCAUAUGAAGAUUCUUUGAAGUACUGUUUUUAAUACUCUUAAGAGUGGCCGCCUUGUCAUACUUUUAACUGAGCACUGGAAAGCAGUUCUGUGGAGUUUAAGCUGAGUUGGUGAAUACAGGCCACAUGAAGCUCUCACAUGGGCACACUUGGAUCUGUACUGUAACUUUUACUUUUCUACAGCAGAUAACAUUGUAAAAUGCAUGCCUUAAGUGAUGGGGGGAAUAGAUUGAGCUAGAUUGAUAACCCUUUACCUUGAUUCAGUCAUGUUAAAAUAGAAGUUUGGAGGUGCUAUUGCCAUUCAUGCAGAAUGAUUCUCUGGAGAAGGCAAAUGGUCAGUUUUAAAUAUACUGUAAUAUCCAAAAUGUUUAAUUUUAGGCUUAUGCACACUUUCAGCUUGUUUUAAAAUGGAAAUUAAGUACAGAUGCCUUGUUUUGUACAUUUUUCUAUGGUAUUUAUUAGAAAAAAAAUGUGUUAAAUGCCUUGCCUUUGGAAGAUAUCAGUAAAAGUGCUUCCAUAAAAACAGACAGGUCCUGAAAGUUUACCAAAGCCACUUGCCAAACAGUUUUUGCCUUUAAGCAUGGCUUAAUUAAAAAAAACUGAAGCCUAGAAGGUCAGUUCAGGGUUAAUCAUGAAUAGUUGUGUCCCCAACUCCAUCCACUUCUAUAUUCUGGAAAUCCAAGCCUUUUCAUAUUGAGUGGACAAAUUAAGUUAAUCAUACCAUAUUUAGUUAUCUAGAGUUCAUCCUAUUUGAAGUAUACCAUAUCUGUAGAAAACAAAGAUUGUCAUUGUAUACAUGAUGUGAACAUGUAUAUUUGGAACUUGUAAAACAUUGUUGCAGGCAUGUCAUUUAAUUGUACCACUUCAUUAAUUUUGCACAGUGGCCAUGUGAACACAGCAUAGAACUGGUUUAACUGACAAACGUAUUCAUUUUGGGCCAUUGAAUUCCAAAACUUAGAUUGGCAAUUCCUAAGGGUAAAAGCAAUAUGUUGUAACAGAAUGUAUAAAUAUUUUUGAUAAGUGUAUAUUUUAUAAACCUCAACACUAAACUGUACCUCAAAAGUCAAGUAGUUUAGACCGGAUACUGUGUGCGCUUUUAAACUCUUUCAUAGACCUAUUUUUGGCUGUCAUGGUUCUGUAGGCAAACAGCCACUCUUGGGAAAACAAGUUUCCAGUUUAACUUACUAAUAUUUAUAUUUUAUCGUGUGCUUAGUCUUGUAGUUUCUUCCUAGCCCACGAAGAGCUAACCGUUGGCAAAGAUUCUUAAGAAUCCAAAGUCAAAUUAGUGCAAAUCCUGGAAUUAAACAUUCCAAAUAAAAUAGAGAAAUGCUUAAACCAUGUUGAUCUUUAAAGAAUGGAGUGGUGAAAAUACUUUGCAAAAGUAACACAUGGGUGACUGUUUUGUAAGUAAAUUACUGCUGAUUAAAACACCAGAAGUCUUGGGGAAGAAAAUAGGCUAAUAGACCUGAAUAAUGUGUAAGUUUCCUUUUUUAGACAAAAGGGAGUAAGGGCAACAGGACAAUACAGAAAUCAUGUUUUUGGCUUUAUUUAAUAAGGUCUUAAAGUGGGAACACUUCAAUAACUUGUUUCAAGAUUAUCUUUGAAGCAGGGGAAAAAAAACAAGCUUAAAAUUUGAACACUAAAUACUUUUGAGGUACAGUCUUGUUUACCCUUUUGGGUUCCCAAAUAUAUAUAUAUAUAAAUAAA